UCCCACAAUGCUCCUCUGCAUGAUGCAAUGUGAAUGGGACCAAUCAGAACGAAGCAAUCUGUAAAUGAAACACGCCAUGCUCUUUCAGUCCGCCAGACAGCGAAAAACCGCCUCCCCAUCUCACAUCAAUCACUCUUUGCUUCUCCACCUGUUGACUCCAGGCCUCAUCAUGUCUAAAGGUACAGUGGUUCUGGCUUACAGCGGGGGACUGGACACGUCCUGUAUUCUGGUCUGGCUGAAGGAACAGGGCUACGACGUCAUCGCCUUCUUGGCCAACAUCGGACAGGAGGAAGAUUUUGACGCUGCCCAUAAAAAGGCAGUAGAUCUCGGCGCAAAGAAGGUUUUCAUUGAAGACCUGCGUUCAGAGUUUGUGGAGGACUUCAUCUGGCCCGCAGUCCAGGCCAACGCCGUCUAUGAGGACCGGUACCUGCUGGGCACCGCUGUAGCGCGGCCCUGCAUCGGCCGGCGGCAAGUCGAGAUCGCUCGCAAGGAGGGCGCCCAGUUUGUCUCCCACGGUGCCACAGGGAAGGGCAACGACCAGAUACGCUUUGAGCUCACGUGCUACGCCCUUUACCCGGAAGUUAAAAUCAUUGCACCGUGGAGGAUCCCUGAAUUCUACAACCGCUUCCAGGGGAGAAAGGACCUGAUGGAAUAUGCACAGAAACGUGGCAUCCCAGUGCCGGUCACUCCGAAGGCCCCCUGGAGCAUGGACGCCAACCUCAUGCACAUAAGUUACGAGUCCGGCAUCUUGGAAAAUCCCAAGAGCCGCGGUCCGGCUGACCUGUACCUGAUGACCAAGAACCCGGAAGAUGCUCCCGACACCCCCGAUGUCCUGGAGAUAGAGUUCGGAAACGGAGUGCCUGUAAAAGUGACAAAUAUUAAGGAAAGCCAAUCCAAGGACUCACCCCUGGAAAUCUUCUUGUACCUCAACGAGAUUGGUGGAAAGCAUGGUGUGGGCCGGAUUGACAUUGUAGAGAACCGCUCCAUUGGCAUGAAAUCCAGAGGUAUAUAUGAAACCCCGGGAGGCACAAUUCUGUUGAAGGCCCAUUUGGACAUUGAGACCUUUACCAUGGACAAAGAAGUACGUCGGAUCAAACAGGGACUGAGUAUCAAGUUCUCCGAAUUCGUCUACAACGGUUUCUGGUACAGCCCGGAGUGCGAUUUUGUGCGUCACUGCAUAGCCAAGUCCCAGGAGAAUGUGCAGGGCAAAGUACAGCUGUCCGUCUUCAAGGGUCAGGUCUACAUCCUUGGACGAGAGUCACCCAAGUCCCUUUACAACGAGGAGCUGGUCAGCAUGGAUGUGCAGGGAGACUACGACCCAUGUGACGCCUCUGGAUUCAUCCGGAUUAAUGCUGUCAGGUUGAGGGAACACCAUCGCUUGCAGGGUCUCUCCGAUAACAAGUAGUAACUGUCGCAGUCCCGUGAAUCCAAUUUCUUUCUUCCCUCAACGCUCCAUUGUGUCUUAAGCAGUAGCAUCAGUAGUAGUAGCAAUAGCAGCAGCCUUAUUAAACUGUGUGCCUCCGUUGUCUGCUGUUAGUUAUAUUUAGUUCUCUUUUCUUAAGUGGAAGAGUGAGAAAGGUCUAUCUAAAAAAAAUGUGGGUUGGCAUUAUAAAAGUAUGUAUUUCAUAGUAUUUUAUCAGUCUUAGCCUCUGUAGCUCAGCACAAGUAUUCUAACUGGGAAUUCCUUGACAGAAAUAAAAAUGAAGUGAAUUGUG